UCAUAAUUCUGUGAUUUUCACCAAACUCUGUUGCAAUGCAAGUGAGUGUGAUGUGAUAAAUUCAGCAUUAUGACGUCACUUCGUGAUCACCAGCAGAAGAUGGGGGAGAAGAAGUGGGUGACAGUUGGCGACACAUCCCUAAGGAUUUACAAAUGGGUACCAGUAACAGAGCCUAAAGUGGAUGAUAAAAAUAAGAAUAAGAAAAAGGGCAAAGAUGAAAAGUGUGGCUCUGAAGUGACCACUCCAGAGAACAGCUCCUCCCCAGGGAUGAUGGACAUGCAUGAUGACAAUAGCAACCAGAGUUCAAUAGCUGAUGCUUCUCCAAUAAAACAGGAAAACAGCAGUAAUUCCAGUCCAGCACCAGAGCAGAACUUGGCAACACAAGCAGACGGCACUGAAGUCAAGUCUGACGAAACUCAGGCAGAGGCAAAGGAGCAGCCUGGUUCAGAAGAUACCUCUGAUGAACAGAAUUCACAGUCUUCAAUGGAAAAUUCCAUGAAUAGUUCAGAGAAAGCAGAAAUUCAGUCCUCUGGAGAAAAUGAUUUAAUUACAGAGGCAUCUAAAAACUCUCAGGACUCUGAAGGAGUGCCACCUUCUAAAAAGAUGAAAGUAGAGGCUUCCCAACAAAAUGUUGAAGAGAUUUAGACUAUAGAUUUUUCUGGUCAGUUUUUAUGUAAGGUACAUCAGUGGGCUUAAUUAUAGAACAACCUUACUUAAGCAUCUUCUCUUGGAUGAGGACAGAACUCCUAACUUUUCAAGUUACCAAGCAAAAAUCCAAGAAAGCCUAACAAAGGUUUAACUUCUCAGACACUGAAAACUUUUUCCUGUGAAACAAACAUUGAGAACUUUUAAGUUACUGUCUCUGAAAUGGUUGGAGUAAACAACUCAGGAGGGGUCUACGCACUGUUUCUAAAGUCAAAAUUACAAUUAUGUUGCUGCUGUAUUUUUUUUUUUCAUUUCUCUAUUUAACAUUGUAAGAUAUUUAAGGAUGGUACAGGUCAGGUAUUAGCUUUCAUGUGAAGUUCAUUGUUCUGGCGUGAUGUCUGCUUUUGUUUUGUGCCUUGUGUUCUGAAAACAGUGCUAACUUUUAAAAGUUGUUUUGCAACUGUCUCCUUUGCAAAGUGGCCUAUGUUUGCAUAAUGCCAUGUAGUAAGGUUUUUUUUUUUUUUUUUCUUUUUUUUUGUUUGGGGUUUUUGUUUUGUUUUUAAGUUUUAAAUCCCUGGUGCUUAAAUUUUUAAACAACUACAAAUCAGGAAGCCAUUUUCACUCUUGGAGUCCAAGGAGAAAAAGGAGCUUGAUAUUUUAUUUUAGCAGCUAUAGCGGAGAUCUUUUAUUGAAUGCAUGGCAUUCGCAACUGUAAAUUUGGUCUUCUAAAUACUUAACUUCAUCAGAAGUUAACAUGAUCUGUUUACCAUUUAUAGUCCAGAUCUGAAUAGGUAUUAUAACACAGGCACUUAAAAUACUUACGUAUUAGGUCCAGAUCUCUGUACUGGGUACAACUUGCUUUACAGAAAAGUUCCACUAUGUACAUAAAUAGGAUCAAAGGGAUUGAUGCACAGUGAGUUUAUUUUCAAUUGGUCUUUUUUGAUAUCAUGUUUUCACUGAACUGGAUUUCAUUGUACUGUUUCAUUAUGAGAUGUUUACUUCUAUGUUCCAGGAAAAUACUGUAUUGAGGGGGGUGGGUUCCUUACUCUCUUUCAGUCUUGUAAAUAAGCCUUGUUGUUUCCAUAGUCCAGUUCCUAACUCUAGUUAGGAACGUUCCUUCUCUUCCAAUUAACAUUGAAGUGUGCUUAUGCUAACUAAACUAAUGGAAAGGCACAAGGUAGGUGCAGCUCCCCUCAAAUUCCUGGCAAGCAGAAGUGUGGAACCAUCUGCAUCAGGUCACGAGGGUCUGGUCUUCCAGUGGGCUUUGUACUUCCAGGGAAUAAACACCCGGUGUCAGUGGAACUGCUGAUCUCCCACUUCCAUGCACACACAUCCACCCAUGUGUCCAUCCUUGCUGCUGGGUCAGGCCCUUGCUCUGUCUUCUCCUGGUGUGGGAGAUGGAACUUGGAAUUUCAAAUACGAUCUCACAGCUCUGGGAAUGGUUGCGUGUAGUUUGUAAGCUGAAAAAAAGCU